GGUAGACACUUCCGGGCAUCAAUUUGGUGGCGGGAAGAACCUCUAGGGUGUUUCCGUAGAGAUCAGACCUCCGGCCUCCGCAAUGGAGCAGCUUCAGGAGACGCCUCCGGCCGGGGCUGAGGCCUGCGGAGAGGUGCGGAGUGUGCGGCCAGCCGGAGAGGAGCGCUUCGAGGACCGUAUCGGCCUGCUGCUCAGGCUAAAAGCACAGACAAAACAGCAACUCUUAGAAUAUAAGUCAAUGAUUGAUGCAAAUGAAGAAAAAACUCCAGAUGAGAUCAUGCAAGAAAAACAAAUUGAAGUUAAAAUUGAAAGCCUGGAGAAUGAAAUUGAAGAUGUAAAAAGUAAAUUUGAAAUGAAAAGUCUUGCACUAAACAGGAUGAAACUUUCAGUUGCACUUAAAAAUAGCAUGGAAAACAUGGACACUGGGAGUAGUGUGCUCACUGAUGACAUGAAGCACAUAUUAAAGCUGCAUAAGUUAAUAAUGAAGUCCCAGGAGGAGUCUUCGGAAUUAGAGAAAAAGCUGCUUGAAGUGAGAAAGAAGAGACUGCGUCCUGAGUUCAACUCCCAGCAACCACAUGGUGGCUCAAAACCAUCUAUAGUGAGAUCUGGUGCCCUCUUCUGGUCCACAGGCACACAUAGAGGUGGAAUGUUGUAUAAAUAAUAAAUAAAUACAUCUAUUUUUAAAAAUGUAUUUGAUAUAUAUCAUGGUUCUUUUUGAUUGAAAUCAUUGAAAAGUCUAUUUCUAAAUCCCUGACACAGUCACUACACAAAAGGCAGAAAUUUUAUGUUCAAUAGUUUGGAGCUGACUCUAUACUGUGAUUAAAUGUAUAGGUUGUCCAUUGGUUACAGAUUGGAUUCCUCACAAGUUUACUAAAUCAAGGAUUCUAGAUAAAUCAUUUUACCUGCAGAUCAUGAAAACUGUGGGGGUCCAUAAUGGCCUUUUAAAAGAAAACUACAAAAAUAUUCCAUGUGGGAAAACAGAUACCUAAUAAUAAAGACACUUGGAUUAGAAAAACACGUAUCAUAAAUACCAGGCAAUGGUGGCAAACACCUUUAAUUCCAGUACUCGGGAGACAGAGGCAGGCAGAUCUAUGUCAAAGCCAACCUGAUUUACAAAGCAAGUUCCAGAAUAGCCAGGGCUACACAGAGAAGCCCUGUCUUGAAGAAGAAAAAAAAAAAAGAAGGAAAACACAUAUUCCCCCAAGGGAUACUUUUUUGGUAAUUGUAAACCUGAAAGUGGUGGGCUGGAGAGAUGGCUCAGCGGUUAAGAGCACUGGCUGCUCUUCCAGAGAUCCUGAGUUCAGUUCCCAGCAGCCACAUGGUGCGUUACAACAAUCUAUGCUCUCUACUGCCCUCUUCUGGCAUGCUUGUGCACAUGCAGAUAGAGCAGUGACAUGCGUAAAAUCUUUAAAACAAAACAAAAAAACAGCAACUGAAAGUGGCUAAAUAGUUGUCUAAAUAGUUGUAAGAACCAAGGCCUGGGGAUGUAACGCAGUUGAUAGUUUGCCCAACAUGGAAGAAGCCAGGUAUUCCCCUGUCCCAACACUUGACAGACAGCAGGAUCAUGAGUUUCAAGGCCAGCCUGAGCUACAUGAGAACCCGUCUCAAAUAAAAGAGGAACAGAUUAGAAAGAUGGCUCAGAGGUUAAGAAUACCGGUUGCUCAUCUGGAGGUCCCAGGUUUGAUUCCUGGCACCUACAUGGCAGCUCAUAACCAUCUCUAACUUUAGUCCUGGGAUAUCUAUCUCCCUGUCCUGGCCUCUGUGGGUGUUCUACACGCUUGGUGCACAGAUCUACAUGAAGACAAAACACCCAUACACAUAUAACUGGAAUAACCAGGAAAUUCUCUGCUUUAUGAUCUUUGAUGGCUCCGUUUAUAAAGUUGCACAUGCCUUUAGUUAGGUAAGUCUACAUAGUGAGUUCCAGGUCAGGCAGGGUUGUAUAGAGUGGGGGAGGGGGGGCGCAAAAC